GUGUGUGUGUGUGUGUGUGUGAGGAAGUGAUGUCACUGGAGAAGUACAUGUAGAUUUUCUUUUAGAAAAUCGUUGACAAACAUUAUUUAGUGUUUGUCGUCACUGACUGUUAAUUUCCUCCCUUUGUGAGUGACAGUAAACACAGAUUGUAACAGCUCAGCACUGACCGUGCGUGUGUGUGUGUGUGUGUGUGCGUGUGUGUGUGUGUGUCUGUGUGUGUGUGUGUGUUGGGGUUUUUUGAUGGUUACCUGUCCUAUAUUUCUGCAGCGGUGGGCGGAGGACUGAUUUGUAUAAAAAGACGCGGCUCCAGAAGUCUUCACACCAGCAUCCACUGACAGUGAAAGAAGAAAAUACUCUGACUCCGACUAACUCGUCCACCUGAACCAUGAAGCCCGCCGCCGCCACGCUCGACUCUUUCCUCCGUCCGGCCGCCGCCGUCCUGGUGCCGCUGCUCCUGAUUGGCUGGGCCGGGGCCGCGGCGCUCCCAUUGGACAAGCCGCUCAGCCAGCCGCUGAGAAGCAAGGAGACGUACCAGGCCGUCCGCGACGUGUCGCUACAUGCUCAGACCCUGCAGACGGUCGAAGACUCCAGCCACCGACUGAUGCCCCGAGUCAACACCAGCCAGGACCACCUGAAGAUCUGCUGCCUCCACGCCAACAUCCUGGACUUCUACCUGAACAACAUCCUGCACCAGCGCGACAACAUGCACCCCAAAAUGCACCGGCUGAAGACCGACCUCCACCGCGUCAGCGAGGACCUGCAGACUCACGGCUGUAACGUGACUCACUUCCACGAGCAUCAUCACGCUGUCGAGUUUCGCAGGAAGUUAAAAGCGAUGGACGGAGAGCAGGGGAUGAUCAAGGCGGUGGGGGAGGUGGACAUCCUGUUCUCCUACCUGCAGGACUUCUGCAUCCAGCCGAGGAACCGCACCAAGUCCGACUGACUCGCCACCUUCGACCACUUUUAUACUCAUAUUUAUUAUGGAGAUCUUUCAUUGAAGAGCAGUUUUUUGAUACCGUAUUUAAUUUGAUUAGUUAUUUAUGUAUUUAUUGAUGCGUGUUUAUGGCUUCGUAUCAUGAAGGAGUUUCAGUAUUUAAACGUU